CAGAGAAGGAGGGAGUGAAGGACAGAGUGGGCGAAUUAAAGGCAAAAGACACAGAGUCCUAAGGACAGAGGGAAGAAGGGACCACCGGACCAAAAAUGAUGGAACUCAGAACAUUUCCCCCUGACUGAGGACAGUGUUGAUCAUUUACCUAAUAUCCGACAACUUCUCAGUAUGAAGGUGCUGCAGUGGAUGAUGAUUAAUCUCAGCCUGUGUGGAUGCAAAUGGGCUGUCUCGGUCCCAUUGGCUCCGCCCAUUGCAUCACUAACACUAGAAACUCCUCCCUCUGUUUCACCCACAGUGGAUGAGAGCGCAAGGCUGGUGGAUUGGCUGAUGAAGUAUGGUUAUCUGCCCCCUCCUGACCCCUCCACGGGGCAGCUUCAAGCCUGGACCGCAGUCACACACGCUCUGAAGGCCAUGCAGAGAUUUGCUGGAUUAGAUGACACCGGAGCAUUGGAUAAUGAAACACUCACACUGAUGCAGACGCCACGCUGUUCACUUCCUGAUGAUGAAGGCAGUCAGAUUGCUGACUCAGAUUUGGAUACUGAGCUUCACAGCCAGAGGGUGAAGAGAACUGUGUCGAGCUGGACUCAGAGUAACAUCAACUGGAAACUGCGCACAUACCCCACCUCCUCUGCUUUGCCCCAUGAGAUAUUUCGUUCUUUAGUCUUCUACGCUCUGAAAGUGUGGGCAGAACCGACGGCUCUUGAGUUUCACGAGGUCGGAGAACCUGAAGGGGCGGAUCUCCUGAUUGAUUUCUUGCAUGGUCCACAUGAUGAUGGAUAUCCUUUUGAUGGGGUGGGUGGAGCUGUUGGCCACGCCUUCUUUCCAUCUGACCCAAAAAGAGCAGGUGAAGUUCAUCUGGAUGCAGAAGAGGAGUGGGCUUUCAGACAGCCAGCCUCUGAAGGCACGGAUGUGUUCACGGUGCUGGUGCACGAGCUCGGCCAUGCUCUCGGACUCUCCCACUCUUCAGCAAGGGGGUCCGUUAUGAGGCCGUAUUACCAAGGGCCCUUGGGAGACCCGCUCAACUUCAGCCUGGGAUCUUCAGACCGGGAGCAGAUCAGCGCUCUCUACGGAAAGAAAAGUAAUGAUGUACAGACAGACAGUCAUGCUCCAGAGGCUGAACUGAAACAUCAACACAGAGGGACACACAGACUCACACACAGGAACCGACACACUCACAGUCACCCGGACAGCCCUUCUGUGGAUCGUUGCAACACCAGUUUCGAUGCGGUUGCUAAAAUCCGAGGCGAGACGUUUUUCUUUAAAGGUCCGAGUAUGUGGAGGGUGAGAAGAGGGGGUCUGGUUUCACGGAGAGCCGUGUCCGUGCGCAAACUCUGGGCUGCUCUGCCCACAUCUCUGCCCUCACUGAGGGCCGUACUGGAGAGGCAGGAAGAUCACGCCAUCAUCUUCAUCAGCGAUUCUCAGUUCUGGUUGUUUAAGGACCUGAUUCUGCAGGACGGUUUCCCCCAGCCGUUGUCUGCUCUGGAUCCUACAGGCUUGGAUUUACAGAAACAGGGUGUGCACUGGGACGCUGAUAAAGGAGUGGUUUGGGGGCCUGGAGGAAAUCAAGGAGAGACCGGUCAAGUGUGGGCGGAGCUCAUUGACGGAGGAGUGAACGGAAUCAUUACAGAGAACAAUGGUUCUCUGUUCCUCUUCAAAGGCGCCCACUAUUGGAAGUUUGCCCACCCAGGCUCCGCCCCUGAAGAAGGAUUUCCCCGACCCGUGGCUUCAGACUGGUUGAACUGCCCCGACCCCUCCCCUGAUCACUCUGGUGAUAUCUCUAUGACGUCCGUUAUUGGGCAGAAGGAGCUGCAAGACAAAAACGAGGAAGGAGCUUUGGAGCAGAUCAGGCGCAGGGACAAAACCACAACGAGACAUACCGAGAAUCCUCAGCGGUGUCCCUGCUCCAACAGCGCACCGUCAGCUAACAUCAACCUGCAUUUCCUCAUGAUUAGCCUGCUCGUAUACACUCUGACUUCUCAGCUGUCUGUGUCAGUUUUCACCACAUACUCGCAUCCAGUCCGUCUUUAGAUAAAUGUACCUUUCAGUGAGUCUGUGUUUCAUAUUCUGUCAUACCGGCAGACCGGAAUGCAUGUGACUUUUUGCCUCUGCACAUGUGUACGGCGAUCAGUGACAUCAUCACUCAGCGCGGGGAUUUCGUAACAGUUCUGGCAACAGUCGCUAAAACAGCUGUCUGGCUUCUGUCCUUCUUCUGGUCGUCAACAAAUUCAGCUGUCUAAGCACUUGCCAAUUGGAGCAUAUUUUUCCCAAAAUAUAUCUGUCAUGACUUUUAAAUCCCAUCUGAGCAAAAAAAAAAAAAAUCUGAAUUGAACAAAAUGGUUUGUAAUGUGAACGUGGCCUUUUAUCAAUAAACCAGCUGUUCUUUAGUAUUUUUUGCAUCAUUGAACAUGCAACAGUCAAAGUCACAGAGAUCAUAAUUUUCACCUUUAUUCUGAUGUUUAAUGUAAAUGUUAACUAAAGCUCAUUAUAUGGAUAUCACUGCAUAUCAUUAUAUUCCCCAAAGAAGAAAAAAAGGGGAAUUAUUGCUUAAGGGCGUUAAUAUUUAUUUUGUCAUAUCUCACUGGAUAACACUUGACAUUGGACAUGGUAUCUGUACUAAACUUCUAUCCCUGGUAAAACUAUUUGUUAAUCAUUAAAGAAACAGUGGGGCUUUUUAAGUGAUAGAAAUUAUCACUAGAACAUUUCUUCAACAUUUUUUUUUACACAUUUUACAGUUUUUAUAGUUAAUACCAUGAUCUCUCCAUCUGACUUCAAAAAGCCUGUAUUUCUGAGAUGAUGAUACAACCUGUAGUUACUGUAUAAUGAUAAUAAUAUU